AUGACCGUCACAACAACGACGCCGUUUCGAGCGGUGCUCUCCCUGCUCCUCGCUUCUCUGAUCAUCCUCGUGCUAUCACCAUCCCAAGUAUCGGCCGCAGCACUAACAACCCUCGUGGAACCCCACGAACGAUCCUGUUUCUACGCGUGGGUAGAUGCCGCAGGCGAAAAAGUAGGUUUCUAUUUCGCCGUUCAAUCCGGCGGUCAAUUCGAUAUCGACUACACCGUAACCGACCCAGACUCGAAACUCAUCAUCGGUGGGCACAAAGAAAGACAACUGGAUAUCAUCUUUACCGGCAACACUGUCGGAGAAUACACGUUUUGUUUCGAAAACGCAAUGUCUACCGUCGCUGAGAAACUUAUCGAUUUCGAUAUCACCGUCGAAUCCGAACCCAGACUCGAUCUUCCCAUUACUCCAGCGAAACUCUUGAAAGAGCACAGCGCACCACUGGAAGAGGGGAUUUCAAAUAUGGCCGACAAGCUAACGCAAAUCACAAGGACACAGAGAUACUUUAGGGUGAGGGAGAAUAGGAAUUUCGACACGGUCAAGAGUACGCAGAGGAAAAUCUUUUGGUAUUCAGUGGUGGAAAGUGGAAUGAUGGUAGGAAUCAGUCUUGCGCAGGUUUGGAUUGUCAGGGCGCUGUUCGAGAAGGGAGGUACUAAGCGCUAUCGCGUUUGA